AUGCAAUCUGAAUUUGAAUCAUAAUAAUACCAACAUAUUGGAAUAUUUUUGUUAACUUAGUCAGGGCUUUGAAUUUACAUAUAUUUUUCACCAAAUUUAUAUAAUUUUGUGUUUUUUCAGUUAAAUGGCUACUCCCAAUGUCACUUUGAUUGCUGAUGUAGAUGUGUUGAGGGACGAUUUGACUCUAAAAGUUCGUGUCAUCAACUUGUGGAAACAUAUGUCAUUCUACAACAAAGAUGAAAUUUGUUCCAUCGAAUCAAUAUUACUUGAUGAAUAGGGGAGCAAGAUCCAAGCUACUGUUUGGAAAAAGUUUCCGUAUCGAUUCAAAAAUAUAUUAAAGGAUGGGUCGACUUUUUACAUCACGAGUCCAAGUUUUGCAUCACAAAAGUCCGGUUGUUUCAAAAUAACUCCUCAAGAUCAAAAACUAACCUUUGUCCAAAAUACUGUUCUCAAAGAAUGUGCAGAAUUUUCUGGAUCCACAUUUGGAUUUUCAUUUGUUGACUAUCAGACUGUUCUGUCGUUGCUACAUCCUGAAGACAUAUCUGUUGAUUAGUUAAUAUUUAUUAUUUUAAUUAUAAACUAAAUAUUUAAUUGGUUUUACCUAUGUUUAUCUGUUAUAUAUUAUAUAUUAUAUCUUUAAAUUUCAAAGGGCUCUUCAAAUGUUUUUUUUACAGAUGUUAUUGGAUUGGUAGUUGCUAUUACUGAGAUGAUGAUGGAUGAUCCUGAAAAGUCUAAACACAGACUAACCAUUCACAUCCAAGAUGCAAAUGCUUUGCAACUCUGUGUAAAUUUGUGGGGUGAUUAUGCUUACAAGAUGCAAGAUUACAUAGAUAACAAUCCACCAAAUGAACGUGUCGUUGUUAUACUUCAGUUUGCAAAGAUUAGUGUUUGGAGAGAUCGUCCGAGUGUUAAUACCUACUUUACAUCUUCAAAGUUGUUCAUUAACUCCGAUAUCGAUGAAAUUAGUCUUUUCAAAAAAAGUUUAGAUGGGGAUGAUCGUCCUAAUUCGUCUUCAAAUACAAUUUCAGUCAUUGAAUCUAAACAACUUUCUGAAUUAGAUGAUUUCAUAGUUAAAACUAAGCUGAAGACUAUUGCUGAGAUUUUUGAACCACAUUUGAAUGAGAAAUGGUUCUAUCUCGCGUGUACAAACUGCAGUCACAGGCCUUUCCGGAUACUGAUGCAAAACCAAUUUCUUAUGAAUGUCGUAACCAAAAUUGCACAAAAAAAAUCAACUACUGUUGUACCGAGAUUUAUGAUCUCCAUACGUGUGCAAGAUAAUACCGGGACUAUUACCUUAACAAUGUUUGAAAAAGAAGGAAGGUAUCUAUUGAAGACAUCAGCCAAAGAGUUGUUUAAAAAAGCAACAGAGAUUGGGGACAAUACUGAUUUCUAUCCAGGGGAGAUUAAUGCAUUGAAAGGUUUGAAAUUGGCAUUCAAGAUUUCUGUUACGGAUUUCAAUGUGUCGAAAAAAAACGAAUCAACUGGUAUAACACACUCUUUGGAUGUUUGUUCGGGAGAAUUCGAAUCUCAAGAUAACAGGCCUUUAAAGGUCAAAAUUUUGAUAAUGGAAACCAUGGAAGGUGCACUUCAAUCCUCUAAAACAGCCCCUGGUCAUGUUUGA